AUGUUUUCCAGAACAGAUUUUGUCCUCUUGCUCGGGGUUGGAUUGUCUAUAUGCGAGACGGCAACCUCGUUCCCGAGUACUCAAACAACUUCAUGUCGGAUUCACGGCAAACACGCAUCAGGAACAACGAAUCAAGUCGAAGAAUACCUGGGUAUACCUUACGCUCAACCUCCAAUCAAGCAAUUACGAUGGGCCCCUCCAGUGAAGUAUAAUGGCACUGGGAUUUUAGAUGCUACAAAGUUUGGAUAUACCUGUCCGGCAAACGCUACGUUCGCAUCCAGAGGGGAGCUUGUGGCUCGAUCGAAGGAGCUCAGUCUCACGCCGCAGGCGAUACCAAUCUUGGAAAAUCUUCUAGAACAACCUGGUGUGCAAUACAGCGAGGAUUGUCUGACUUUGAAUAUAUGGACGAAGCGGGCCGCCAAUGGCACGUUGAAGCCAGUGUUAUUUUGGAUUUAUGGAGGUGGUUUUAAUACUGGCACGACUAAUAACCCGGCGUAUAAUGGAAAGUACAUCGUGGAUCGUGAGGAUGUGAUCAUAGUUUCUGCAAACUACCGGUUGAAUAUAUUCGGCUUUCCGGGAGACCCAAACAUACAAAACAACCUCGGACUUCUCGACCAACGCCUCGCCAUAGAAUGGGUCCACGAUAACAUCGCGUCCUUUGGCGGAGACCCCGACCGUAUCACAAUCUUCGGACAAUCGGCGGGCGGAGAAUCGGUCGACUUUUACGCCUAUGCCUGGACCUCAGAUCCUAUUGUGGCGGGCUUCAUCUCCGAGUCUGGCACAGUAUACACACCGGGUGCUCAAACGGACCAAGCCACAUCGGCCUCCAGAUGGUACAAUGUUACUUCCACCCUCGGAUGCGGAAAUGCAACUUCAAACCCGGACAAGUUACUCGCUUGCAUGCGAUCAAAAGAUUGGCGAGAUAUCCACGACGCCAUCCCAGUCAGCACAGGUAUAGCCAGCGCGACGGGCCAAUUUGGUCCGACCAUCGACAACAUAACCGUCUUCAGCGAUUACGUCGCACGCUCAGCUGCAGGCGCCUUCAUCAAACGACCACUCUUCCUGGGAAGCAACAACUACGAAGUCGGCCUAUUUCGCCCAGUCUUUGGAGCCCAGAAUGUGACUUUUACCGAGGCUCAGUGGGAUUAUCUCAACCUUGCCAUUUACACUUGUCCCGCCAGUUAUCGUGCUGAGGCGUCUGUGAGCAAUCACGUCCCGACUUGGCGAUAUAGAUACUUUGGGGAGUUUCCUAACCUGAGGUUGACAAAUUCCCCGGAUUCUGGAGCUUGGCAUGGCAGUGAAGUUCCGCUUAUCUUCGAUACGGAUAAGGAUUUAGAAAGUCUUGUGGCUCGUACAGAGGAGGAAACUCAGAUUGCGAAUUAUUUGAGGAAGGCAUGGGUAGCGUUUGCUACUGAUCCUGAGAACGGGUUGAAUAAGUACGGAUUCCCUCAAUAUAACUCGCAAAAGUCCACGCUACUGCAACUAGGGUACAAUAACCAAACCGGGCCACAGACGGCGCUUCCAUCUACACACGACACUGGAUGCGUCUUGGGGACUACGACUGUCCGAUUACUUCUAACCUUGGCAAGUCUUGGAUAG